AAUCUUGAUGCAGUUCGUUUGUUGUGAAAUAAACAACCCAAACGAGUGUAACUGUGCGUGGUGUGUAUAUUGAUGCUAGAGGUAUAUAUAUAUUCUAAUGUAGUUUAUCAGUCCCAUUGUGCGAAUUUGCGCAAGGUAUAGGUUUUUACAAUGUCAAGCGUUUCUACUUGCAAGUUGGAUAAAAUAGCCCACGAAAUAUUUGCAAAUACGUUACGUGCUCCUUACACCUCACCUCGUGAUGGAGUCCCUGAUUCUCGUAGGCUUCGUUACGCCGAUAUCGUUGCGUCGUUGGCACAUAAGCUUAGUGACCCGAGAUCUGUAAAGCUCAACUUGCUACGCUUACCCGAGCUUCGAAAUGUGUCCAAUGAUGAGAUGGAUUUUUUGAAGGCUGCGGUGCCCAUGUUGGUUUCUGCUGCCCGGCCAUAUAAUACCCAGUAUAACCUGGAUAAUGGUACAGCACGAUUAUAUACCUGGGCGGGAUGUGGAGGUGCUGUUGUCUCAGGUUGUAACAACGAUGUUUCGGAACUACUGAUAUCACCUCAGGCGUUUAAGAACACCCUGCUGAAGCUGCUCAACGGAAACAGUGACGACAAUCGCGUGGUUACCAUACGUGAGCGCGUAUCUGGUGUUCCAUGGUUUAAUUCUAUAGAUACCGUAGAGAACGAACCCGUGAAUGAAGAUGUUGAAUGCACUUUCAAGCCAAAGAUCAACAAAUAUCCGCGUUACCUUCAUUCAGCUCCCAAACUGGCAUACCCUGCAAACAGCUUACCCGGUCAGCUAAAGAGGGUUUUGGAUACCCCUACGCACGUAGAUGAGCCCAUGGGUUACUACGGUUACGAUGAUAUGGAUUAUGGCUCACCCUUCAACAAUACUUGCCCUUUGGGAGCAUCACAUGAUGAUACCAAGCAUUCACGUUCUUGUGAGCCUAGGAAAUGCACCGAUGUUGUAUGCUCUAACACAUAUACUAGCCGUACUCCUCGCACCAGCAGUGGUACAACAUAUAGACCAACACCUUUAAUGUUCCAGCAUCCUUGGAUUGGUGGCGAUCUGGAUAAACUUAAUGCCGACAUCGAUGCUGAAGUUGACGCUAUAAUGGCUGGUAUGCCAUCUAUGCGCAGGCCAUAUACUGUGAAGAACACAUGCGCUACUGAUCCGUUAUUGACGUGGCUGGAUGAGACCCGUGGAGAGUGUCGAUCCAAGAUCACCAAAGGCAACAAGGGCUUCCAUGCAGCUGAGGACUACAAUAAAGAACAACUGAGUUACUUGACUCCAAUGCGGAACCAUAUAUGUGCCACCGUAGAACGUGAUCCUGCAUCACCCCAAGCAUUUAAGGAUACCCUUAGAGGUGGGUAUAUCUACACUGGUAUGAACUUUUCUACCGAACCCGAGACCCCUAGUAGGGGUGUGGGUUCAAUGAAGCAAUGCGACUAUGUCAUACCAAGUAAGAUGCCACUGCCUUCAUUUGCCCGCCGCAGCGCUCGUGGGUUCUACCGUGGCUCAAAGCAUAAUGGUGACGUAUCGUCCUUGGAUAUGAUAGAAGCCCAGCUGGCUCAACCGUCAUUAAACAUCAGGAAAAUGCUAUGUUAAUCCCGAAAACGCUUCCGUGGGUUGCUAAGCACAUAUCACAAUGCGUUUAAAGGUGGCUAUGAAAACAGUUUUGUUAUAUCAAGUGAAUUGGAUUUCUUUUCAAUACGCGUACAGUAAUUCGCUAAUGAAGUGGACAACGAUGCUCGUAGUGGUUAUAAUAUAACAAUAAAAAAUCAACAAUGAAGUUCAUGGUCCCAAAGGACUCUAUAGAAAAGCACUCUUAUGAGUCGAACAAUAACUUAAUGUAUAGUGUAAAGCAUUGCUUAUGAGUUUCUAAAUGGAUGCUUUACUGCAUUAAUACAGGGAACCU